UCUGGUUCGAAGCAAACACUUUAAUCGAUUUCUGGGUUCAAGGAUUGGUUCUGAUCAACCGAGAUGAUCACAGAUCGAUCAGGUGACACAGAAACACGUGACCUCAUCGACCAACAACUUCGCGUGUGUUCAGGUUUUAACGCAGUGUUUGUACGGUACAACCUGGGGCCUGGAGUGGCCGUGGAGCUGCAGGCGGAGGCCAGUGUGGCUGAGCUGAAGGAACUGGUGGGGAGUCAGCAAGGAGUCCCUCCUCAGGAGCUCCGGGUUCUGUUCGCUGGUAGAGAACUGCAGAGCUCCUCCUCCCUGCAGGGUUGUGACCUGCCUGAGCAGAGCACGGUCCACGUGGUCCUCCCUCCACCUGACUCUUCCUUCUCCCAGCUGCUCCUCCUGCAGGAGCGUCUGGCUCUGGGAGGAGAGAAGGAGAAGCAGGACGGCCUGACCACGCUGGACCUGAGCUCCUCACGGCUCCCCGCCACCUCCUCAGGGCUGGCUGUCAUCCUGGAUGGGGCAGGAGGACGAGCGAGAGGUGAAGAUCAGGGAAAAGAACAACAGGCUGCAGCUCCAAAAGGUACCCGUAGUACCUUCUUUGUGUACUGUAAACGCUGCUUGUCCAUCCAGUCAGGGAAACUUCGCGUUCGCUGUAGGAGCUGCAGACAGAUGACGCUGACGCUCAGCAGGGGUCCAUCUUGCUGGGACGACGUUCUUCUCCCCGGACGAAUCCAUGGCAUCUGUCAGUCUAAAGAUUGCCGCGGCAACGAGGCGGAGUUCUACAUGAAGUGUGCGUCUCACCCAACAUCAGAGGACGACGUCUCUGUUGCCCUCGACCUUGUCCUGCCCAACAUCAGGAGAGUCCCGUGCAUCGGCUGCACCGACGUCAUGGACGUGGUUCUGGUCUUCCAGUGUUCGGACCGUCAUGUGAUCUGCCUGGACUGUUUCCAUCGUUACUGCCAGAGUCGGCUGAAUGAGCGACAGUUUGUUUAUAAUCCUGUGAUUGGAUACUCACUACCGUGUGCAGCUGGUUGCGAAAAUUCUCUGAUCAAGGAGUUGCAUCACUUCCGGAUCCUGGGAGAUGAUCAGUACGGCCGGUACCUGCAGUACGGCGCAGAGGAGUGUCUGCAGACCAUUGGAGGAAUGAUGUGUCCUUCACCUGGCUGUGGGGCAGGGCUUCUCCCAUCUGACGCCAGCAGGAGGGUGGAGUGUGACAGGCAGCUGGGCUGCGGCUUCGUCUUCUGCAGAGACUGCAGGGAGGGUUACCAUGAGGGGCCAUGUGAGAUCCUUGUAGCCCCGCCCACAGGGGAUGGCUCACAGGGUUUUGUGGUGGGGGAGGAGGCAUCUCAGAGAGGGAGGUGGGAGCAGGCGUCUCUGCUCCUCAUCCAGGAGUCGACCAAACGAUGCCCUCGCUGUUUGGUUCCUGUGGAGAGAAACGCGACUGAUUUCACUUCAGGAUACUUCCAGAUGCUGCUCACCAAAGUUCUCCAACAUCUGAUACGGAAUUUCAAAAUUAAAUCCCCUCAAAGUCUGUAUUUUUAUAAUUUAUCCAAAUAGCUGGGUUUAAUUAUUUACAUGGUGACAACCUCUACCAAUUUAAACAAAAUAUAUCGGAAGACAUUUCCAGCUGGUUUACCUCCCAACUUUCAGGACAUCUUCCUCUAAGCCUGGGAACUGCUCAUGGAACCAUCACAUGUGUCAUUGCUAAGAAAUUAAAUUUAAUGUCCCAAUAAAACAUACAAUUACAAAAG